ACAGUACACUGACAAAUGUGACAAUUUACAAAAUUUUGAAGGAAGACAGCUUUGAGCUUGGCUUGUAUUCACAGCUUGUAUUAUUGGUCGGCCGUGCGGAAUAGUUGCGAAUUCUUUCGAUUCGUACUUAUAAUAGUGCUGUUAUUAAUAAAUAUUUUAAACCAUUAAACAAACUAAGCUUAGCCAUGGCUGGACAGGGGCACCAGUUCCCUGGGAACUUCCAAGGCAAUGCUGGCGGUAUGAGAUCAGGAUUCGGUGCAGGACCUAUGGGUGGCCAAAUGCAGUCAAUGCCGAAUCAGCUUCCUGGUGUCAUGGGUGGUCAGAUGGCUAAUUCUAGUGGUAUGGUUGGCAUGGGCAACCAAAUGGUACCUCCAUAUGGAGCUACUAUGCAAAAUCAAAUCGGGAACAUGGGUAUGGGAGCACAGGGUAUGAGUGUGGGGAUGGCUGGUGUUCCUGGUUCAGGAAUGGUGCCCCAAACCGUGCAGCCAUCAGCUAUGCAGGCAGCUGUUGCUGUGCAGAGUAACACGGCUCCACCACAACCUCAGCCACCGCCUCCACAACCACCUCAGAACAAGGAGUUCAACACUGCAUCAUUGUGCAAAUUUGGCCAAGAAACUGUUCAGGAUAUUGUUAGCAGGACCCAAGAUGUUUUCCAGACCUUAAAAGCAAUUCAACCCCCAAAUGGUACACAUAAUGGUGAAAAUGCCAGUAACGAUAAGAAGGCGAAGAUGCAGGAACAGUUACGUACCAUCCGGCUGCUGUUUAAGAGGCUACGACUUAUUUACGAGAAAUGUAAUGAAACUUGUCAGGGUAUGGAAUACACACACAUGGAAAGCCUUAUACCAUUGAAGGACGAAGCAGAGAACAAGGCAUUAGAUGAACGACGGAAUACAGAAUCAUACAGAUUAGCAUUAGAAGAAAAUAGGGAGCUUACUGAACAGGUGGUGCUAAAAAAUAAGCAGUUGAAGGAAGUGAUAACUAAUUUAAGGACUAUUAUAUGGGAAAUCAAUGUUAUGUUAACAAUGAGGCGGUCUUAGUUUGUACUCUAUACAGUGUUGGCCGUAAUAAGAUUAUUAGUGUUUGUGUCAAAUGUAUCAUACAGUGUCUGGAAUAUUCCGUCGACGUCUUAAAAUGAUUUAAAAGUUGGACAGGCAGAAUACUAAAUUGAGUUAAAUAUUGAACGAACAUGUUUUUCUUUUGAAAAUACAA